GGCGGAGCGGGACCGACCGUGGCGCCCCCUCUGCAGCCCGCGGUGCGCAGGAAAUACUGAAAAAAACAAACCAAAACAGAGCCCCGAACAAAAGAACCAACCCUAAAGAACGGCCACGGGCGGGGUGGUAGGGAGGCGCGCAAGAUGCGGCUGCCGGGCGGGGGGAAACCUCCCCUUCCCCGGGGCGGAGCGGGGCCUCCCUCCCUCCUUCCAUCCCUCCCUCUCUCCUUCCUUCCCUCCCUCCCUCCCUCCCUCCCUCCUUCCCUUGCUGCCGCCGCUGGAGCGGAACCGAAAGCGAAGGCGGCGCCGGGCGGCCGCGCUCCGGCCCCGCAGGCGGCUCCGGGGGACACUCUCUCCUCGGCGGAGCAGCGCGUCCCGCCAGGAUCCUGAUUUUUGCACAGAAAGCCAUAAAGAACCUGGGGUGAAGAGAAGUCACUGGCAGUGAUGGGCCGUGGGAGGAGGCAGUGAGCUGAGAGUGCUAAUCCUGCACCCCACGCUUGGCUCACCUCAUCACAGCGUGACCGGGAUGAGGCCGUUGGGCACACCAUGCCAUCAUGCAUCCCCAGCAGCUCGCCCGCCCUGCAGCCCCUCUGUCCUGACAGAGGCUGCGGUCCCCAAGCAACCAGGGUGCUGCAGGACCACCCAUCACUGAGCCCGCACCGCCCCGGCAUGGCCUCUGUCAUCGUGGUGACCGAGUGCGACGCAACAGGGAGCAAGUGUGAGGAGGAGGAGAUGAACGUGCCCAGCCAUGAGGGCUUGGGGGAUGGCCAGGAGCCGAGGGCGAAGCUGCAGCUCUCGGGCCGAAAGCUGUCCCUGCAGGAGCGGUCGCAGCCUGCCCACUCGCCUGGGAGCAGCGACAGUGCCAGCGAACGCUUCAUCUAUCCAUCCCUCCCGUACUCGCCGGUGACGUCCCCACACUCCUCCCCACGGCUGCCACGGCGCCCGACGGUGGAGUCAAACCGAGUGUCCAUCACGGGACUCCAGGACUGUGUGCAGCUCAACCAGUACAAGCUGAAGGAUGAGAUUGGAAAGGGCUCCUAUGGUGUGGUGAAGCUGGCCUACAAUGAGGAUGAUAACACCUACUAUGCAAUGAAGGUUCUCUCCAAAAAGAAGCUGAUGAGACAAGCAGGAUUCCCCCGCCGCCCACCUCCACGUGGUGCCAAAGCUGUCUCUGAGGGUUGUCUGCAGCCCAAAGGGCCAAUCGAACAAGUCUACCAGGAGAUUGCCAUCCUGAAGAAGCUGGACCACCCCAAUGUGGUGAAGCUGGUGGAGGUCCUGGAUGACCCCAGUGAGGACCACCUGUACAUGGUGUUUGAACUGGUGAAGCAAGGCCCUGUGAUGGAAAUCCCAACUCUGAAACCCCUUAGUGAGGACCAGGCUCGAUUCUACUUCCAGGAUCUGAUCAAGGGCAUUGAAUACUUGCACUAUCAGAAGAUAAUCCAUCGGGAUAUAAAACCUUCCAACCUCCUCGUGGGGGAAGAUGGACACAUCAAAAUCGCUGACUUUGGAGUCAGCAAUGAGUUCAAGGGAGCAGAUGCCCUCCUAACCAACACAGUGGGCACCCCUGCCUUCAUGGCCCCAGAGACACUCUCAGAAACCAGAAAAAUCUUCUCUGGAAAGGCUUUGGAUGUGUGGGCCAUGGGGAUCACGCUGUACUGCUUUGUGUUUGGGCAGUGCCCUUUUAUGGAUGAACGGAUUCUGAGUUUACACAACAAAAUCAAGACCCAAACGUUGGAGUUCCCAGACCAGCCAGAAGUUACAGACUUCUUGAAGGACCUGAUUACACGGAUGCUGGAUAAAAACCCUGAGUCUAGGAUUUCGGUGCCAGAAAUCAAGGAAAGUACUGUGCAACAGCCUUUCACAGGAGAUUUCUGGUCCUCUGCCCCUGUGGGAGCCUGGAAGGGGCAAGAAGCUGAGAAAAUGGAGACUAAGUUGCACCCUUGGGUCACCAAGAAUGGAGUGGAGCUGCUGCCCACGGAGGAUGAGAACUGCACUCUCGUUGAGGUGACAGAGGAGGAGGUGGAGAACUCAGUCAAGCACAUCCCCAGCCUGGCUACUGUGAUCUUGGUUAAAACUAUGAUCCGGAAGCGAUCCUUUGGGAACCCUUUUGAGGGAAGCAAGAGGGAGGAGCGGUCAUUGUCUGCCCCCGGGAACCUGGUGCCCAGGAAGCAAGGCAGUGAAGAUAAUCUGAAAUGCAACGACUUGCCCAACGUGGGAGAGGAAGAACUUCUUUCAUGAACACCAACUUCAUGGUUGUUGAGCAACUCGGUCCAGGGUACACUUGAAAGCGACAUUAAGAGAGUCUCCACCAAACACAGCAUGGCCUGGCACCAUUUCAGUCUGAUGCUGGAUGCAGAGCUUACCUAGCAGCAUGUUGUAAGACGUCCGACUACUUGUCAUAAACAUUGAGCAUCUCCAGUUGCUUGGACCGCUGACUUCUGGGAGAGGUGCUGGCUGAUGGCAGAGGUGAGCUGGCCCCUUGAACAGCAACAGUGCUUUGCAAAAGCCAAGAAGCAGCAACAGCUGCUUUGGGAACUGCUUUUACCUGGGGUUAAUGCCGAAUCAUUUCUGGGGAGUAAUGCCAGCGUCUCAGGGCUGUCGUCUGCCCAUGGCACAGACGCUGGGCACAGACAGAAGGGUGAGUGACAGACAGAACAGUAGAACUACACCUGUGCACUUUGAGAGGUCACAACCUCCCGGAAAUGUUGCAUCUACUUCUCGUCGUGCUGGUUUGUUUUUAAUUGACACCUUUUUAACUGCAUGGGAACAAAGCAAAAAUCCACCUUUUCAGCUUUUUCAGGAAUGCCAACCUUUGUGAACCAAGUUGUGUUAAACAGCGUCUUCUUCCAGACCCUCAGAAAGUGAGGUUAAUUAUCUCCUGAGGUAAUUAACACCUUUCCUAAGGUCUUAGCGUGACUAGGGCUUCGUAAAUUGAGUAUUCAGCAUAUGAAAGGAAAAGGUAUUUAAGGGCUUAAGUUCAGUCUGAACUAUUUUUGCUGCAGACACAAGAGUGGAAGGUGGUGUUUAGCUGAAUGUUUGCUUUGAACAGCAGAGGAAGCACUAAGGACAGUUUGUUUCUAACUCUUUUACUUGAUCUAGGUAUAUAUAUUAUUAAAUAUGAAAUUCAGGGUAAAAAUCCUUCACUUCCAUGUACAUUACAUGGUUUAUUACAAGUAAUACAACUUCUGCUAUUUUUAAAGUAUAGACUUAGGGCUUGCUUAGAAUUUAAGAUCUUAAUGAAUUACUUAGAUUAGCUAGUGAUUUUCAAAGAGACUUUUUGUUUUCCAAACUCUUAAUCUGGAUUUUGGGGCCAAUGCUAUGUAUUUUAUGCAAGUUUGUUACCAGUAAUUUGUGAAUGCCUGUGGAUCAGAGGCUUGUUAGUAAAUUAAGUGUAUAGCUAAUUCAUGGGCUGUUCCUUACGAAGAGCUCUGUCACCUUUGGUCAGAUAACUCUGAUUGUUUUGUGGUGCUUGUUAAAAAAUAAUACUGCUAUCACCUGGUGGGAGAGAUUCUGAUUUCCAGACUCACCUUCUCCAGUUCUCUGUGCUUGGACAAAGCUAGAGAAGAGUCAGGGUUUGCUUGAGGAAAGGGGUCACGGUAAGUACAGUUGUUUUAUGUGGAUAGAGGAUGCAGCUGAGUGGGGGGGAAAAGUCUGAUCUCUGUUCUUUUCAGUCUGAUGUGGUUGUGUGAUCUUGAACAAGGCAUUUGAAAUGAUGGUGUACUUGAAAGAGAGGAAGGAUUCAAAUGUCCCAUGCAACGGUCUGCUAACAUCAUUCUUUGCCUUGAAGAAGAAGGCACAAAGAGACCCAAGUAUCUUAAGAUCUCUGAAGGCUAACCCUGGCCACAGGCGCCCUGCGUUUAGGAAGUGACUGUCCCCUUGUCUUCCUUGAUCGUGGGCAGUUCAAAUGCCGGCAUGCCAAGGUUCUUUGCCCUACUGCAGUUGGAUCUGGCCUGGUAAUUCCUGGUGAGGACAAGUCUUCUUUAAAGCCAGGGCAGAUGCCUACACAAACUGUCCCCUGCGUCUUUCAAUCACUUGAAGCAAUGCUCCCCUAAAUCCCAAUUUCUUACCAAAACGUUGUGCUGCUGGCCUCUCUCCAAAGCCAUGAUAGUUGGUGGUUUGGGAGCAGUACUAUGGAGUUUGGAGCCAUAAGACACAUACUGUUUUUCUCCUAAUUUAGUCCAAGGCUAUGCCAAAGCCCUGAGGCUUCAGCUCUGGGAAAACCAAGCAGGUAAUGUGGGUGCCAGCACUACCACAGCUGCCUGCCCCCACUUUCUUAACCAGGAGUUUUCAUUGUGGAUAUGUGAGUGGGCAGCUGGGUUCUCUAACCCUGUCAGUGUUCUGCCAAAAAAAUGAUUAAAAAAAGGAGAGGGAUCUGAUUAUUUGUAGCUGCUGUGUAGUGAGGUAUGUGGUGUGGUUUUGUUACAGCUGUAGAGCUGCUGUGUGGUGCCUAUCUUGGGUCUGUGAUGUGACAGGUGCCUCGUGAAACAGUUCUCAUUUACCAAAUGGGCUUGGAAUGUGCAAUGCAGCUUCUAAACUGAGCUGGCCCAGUUCCUCAGUACCCAGAGGUCUCAUGGCUAGCAUGGGCUUGGUCUGUUAAGGAUCCUAAAGCUGAGCACCUCCCUCAGGCACUCUCCAAAACAAUUGUCUCUCAGAGCCAAGGGCUGCUGAGAGUUUCCUGAGAGAAACUCGAUGUAGAUUUUUUUCUCGUUAGUUACUUCUGUUAAAAGCAUAAAGUGAGGCUGUGUGAGGAAGAGCUGUCUACAUGCAUGACCUGUUAGAGAAGCUGCUCUGUGUACAUAAACCUGCUCAGUUCCCUAGCUGCUGUCCCCAGUAGUGAUGCUUUUAUCUUAUAGUGAAGUAAACAUUUUGCUUGUGCCUUGGAACUGGGCUAUAGCUUGACUUCCCCACUUCUCUUCCUUUCAAGCAAGCCCAGUGCUGACUGUAGGCUGAAUGCUGGGUACUAAGCCCUUUUGGCUCUGAAAGCACACAGAAAAGUGCUAAGGGGAAACCAGGCCUCUUGUCUGAGUAGUUUUCUGUUGGUGGUCCCCUCUUCCCUAUCAGGCAAUUGAUCUGUUUGUUUUCUAAGGUCCUGAACUAUUGCUGACUUUUAUACUGUUUGUUUAAAUGACCAAGGCUUGUGUUUCAUUCCUACCCCUUUAUUAUGCAUUUAACUUUAUCAGGUGUAUCAAGUUUAAAUACUGUGUAUUUACCACUUCUAAAUUAUAUUACUUAAGAAGAAAGAAAAACCACCAAGUGUUUUUCCACACAGCUGUUUAAGCUUCUCUGUACAUGUUGAAAUAAAUGACAUACAACCAA